CCAGGCGAUUUUAUUUCAGGGAGGUGGCAACCUCCCGGCUCCCCGGCAGUAGCCAGUAAACUAUUGGAAAUCUGAGAACAUGGAGGCAGCGCGCCCCCCGGCGACGGCAGGGAAGUUCGUGGUGGUCGGCGGUGGCAUCGCGGGUGUCACUUGUGUAGAGCAGUUGGCGAUUCAGUUUCCAUCAGAAGAGAUUCUCCUGGUAACAGCUUCACCUCUUAUUAAAGCAGUCACAAAUUUCAAGCAGGUUUCUAAAGUAUUGGAGGAAUUUAAUGUUGAAGAACAACCAAGUACCAUGUUAGAAAAUCGCUUUCCCAACAUUAAGGUUAUAGAAUCUGAAGUAAAGCAACUGAAGAGUGAAGAACAUUGCAUUUUAACAGAAGAUGGCAAUCAACAUGUAUAUAAGAAACUCUGUCUGUGUGCUGGAGCCAAGCCAAAGUUGAUAUGUGAAGGAAAUCCUUAUGUAUUAGGAAUUCGCGAUACAGACAGUGCUCAGGAAUUUCAGAAACAGCUUACUAAAGCUAAAAGAAUAAUGAUCAUAGGAAAUGGUGGUAUUGCACUUGAGUUAGCGUAUGAAAUUGAAGGUUGUGAAGUAAUUUGGGCCAUAAAAGAUAAAGCUAUUGGGAAUACUUUCUUUGAUGCAGGAGCAGCUGAAUUCUUGACCUCAAAGCUCAUCGCUGAAAAACCAGAAACGAAAAUUGCACAUAAAAGAACCAGGUAUACAAUUGAAGGAAGGAAAAAGGAAGCAGGAACCAAAGCUAAUGCUGGUAAUAUAGGCAGUGCCUUGGGACCUGAUUGGCAUGAAGGCUUGAAUCUUAAAGGAACAAAAGAGUUUUCUCAUAAGAUUCACAUUGAAACUAUGUGUGAAGUUAAGAAAAUCUACCUUCAGAAAGAAUUUGGAUUUUCUAAGAAGUCCUUGAAUUUCCCAAGAGACUAUAAUGAUCAGUCAGUUACAACUGAUGAAGAAAUAUGGCCUGUAUAUGUGGAACUGACCAACGAAAAGAUAUAUGGCUGUGAUUUCAUUGUCAGUGCUACAGGAGUUACACCAAAUGUAGAACCUUUUCUCUGUGGCAACAAUUUUGAUCUAGGAGAAGAUGGUGGCCUGAAAGUGGAUGAGCACAUGCACACAUCCCUUCCUGAUAUCUAUGCUGCAGGUGACAUCUGCUCUGCAUCCUGGCAGCCCAGCCCGUUCUGGCAGCAGAUGAGGCUGUGGACCCAGGCUAGACAGAUGGGAUGGUAUGCAGCGAAGUGCAUGGCUGCAGCUAGUUUAGGAGACUCUAUUGACAUGGAUUUCAGCUUCGAGCUUUUUGCUCAUGUAACAAAGUUUUUUAACUAUAAGGUUGUAUUGCUGGGAAAAUACAAUGCACAGAGCUUGGGUUCAGAUCAUGAAUUAAUGCUGAGAUGUACCAAAGGACAAGAAUAUAUCAAAGUCGUCAUGCAGAAUGGACGAAUGAUGGGAGCUGUCCUAAUUGGUGAAACUGAUUUAGAAGAAACAUUUGAAAACUUAAUAUUAAACCAGAUGAACCUUUCAUCAUAUGGAGAAGAUCUACUAGAUCCCAAUAUUGAUAUAGAAGAUUAUUUUGACUAAAAAAGGGAAUUUCAAAAACCAGAUAAAGAUUCAAUAAGACAAAAUGUCAAGUCAAUAAAGUAAGUGACUGCACUGAUUUAAUGAUGACCACACUGAAGUUGAAAAUACAGAAGUGAUAAUGAUUUUAGUGGAAAAAGUA